AUGGCAUCUUCAGCCUCACUAUCUUCCCCACUCCACUUCCACAACCCACACCCCAGAUUCUCCCCAAAACCCUCUACCACCCUAAGACCCACCACCACCGCCACCAAGCCCCUCUUCGCCAUCCCGCCGCCCCUCACAGCCGUCGCCGACGUCGACAGCGCCACCAUCGCCGCUAUCGGCGGCGGCUCGGUAGCCGCACUCGCCGCCGCGCUCUCCUUAGCCGACCCAGAGCGGCGCCGUCGCCUACAAGCCGAGGAGGUGGGCGGCGGCGACAAGGAGGUGGUGAAGGACUACUUCAACAAGUCCGGGUUCGAGCGGUGGAAGAAGAUAUAUGGCGAGACGGAUGACGUCAACAGGGUUCAGAGAGAUAUCAGGCUUGGGCACUCCAAGACCGUUGAAAAUGUGAUGAAGAUGCUGACCGAUGAAGGAAAGCUUGAAGGGGUUACUGUGUGCGACGCUGGGUGCGGGACGGGGUGUUUGGCGAUUCCGCUGGCGAAGGAAGGUGCCGUUGUCACUGCUGCUGAUAUUUCAGCUGCCAUGGUUGCUGAGGCUGAGAAGCAGGCAAGAGAGCAGCUUCAGUUGAGCAAUCGUGGGUUCUCAGGGGGGCCAGUAAUGCCAAAAUUUGAAGUGAAGGAUUUAGAGAGCUUGGAUGGGAAGUAUGACACAGUGGUCUGUCUAGAUGUUUUGAUUCAUUACCCACAGAGCAAGGCUGAUGCGAUGAUUGCCCAUCUUGCUUCAUUGGCUGAAAAUAGAUUACUUAUCAGUUUUGCACCAAAGACAUUGUAUUAUGAUUUGCUAAAGAGGAUAGGAGAGUUGUUCCCGGGGCCUUCGAAGGCAACAAGGGCAUAUCUGCACGCGGAGGAAGAUGUUGAGAGGGCUUUAAAGAAGGUUGGGUGGAGGAUAAGGAAGAGAGGACUAACCACCACACAAUUUUAUUUUUCGAGGCUGGUUGAGGCUGUUCCUGCUAAAUAA